UUUUAGAUAAAAGUUUUGAUAAAAUGCGUAAUAUUUUGUUAAUCAAUUCUCGUCAUUACCCUUCAUUAUUUAGUUUUAGAACUGCUGUUUCUGCUGCUUCUGUUCAAACUUCAAAUAUUAAGGCAUUUGAAGUUUAUCGUUAUAAUCCAGAAACUCCAGAAGUUAAACCUCAUUUACAGAAAUAUGAUAUUGAUUUGAACAAAUGUGGACCUAUGGUUUUGGAUGUUUUGAUUAAAAUUAAAAAUGAAAUAGACCCGACUUUAACAUUUCGUCGUUCAUGCCGAAUUUGUGGUUCUUGCUCUAUGAAUAUAAAUGGAGAAAAUACACUUGCCUGUAUUUGCCAUAUUGAUAAGAAUUCGAAUAAAUCUACAAAGAUUUAUCCACUUCCGCAUAUGUAUGUUGUUAAGGAUUUAGUCCCCGAUAUGACACUUUUCUAUCAACAAUAUGGUUCAGUACAGCCUUGGCUACAAAAGAACAAACCGCUAAAUUUGGGAGAAAAGGAAAUGUAUCAAACAAUUGAAGAGAGAGCUAGUCUUGAUGGUCUUUAUGAAUGUAUUUUGUGUGCCUGUUGCAGUACUUCAUGUCCUUCUUAUUGGUGGAAUCCCGAUAAAUAUUUGGGGCCUGCAGCGCUUCUUCAAUCAUAUAGACUUUCUCGUUUAACUGAUCCAUUUUCUGCCUUUAAAUGCCAUACAAUUCUUAAUUGCACAAAAACAUGUCCAAAGCAUUUAAAUCCUGCAAAGGCUAUUGGGGAAAUUAAAUCAAUGUUGACUGGACUUCGGUAA